UAUUGAUGAUUGUCAUUUAAUGUUUGGUUAAAAAAAACAAAUCACUUCACACUUUAUGAUUAUGAUGAUGAUAAGGUUAAAUGUAUUUCAUUACUUUGUAUUCCUUAUUGUAAAGCAAUAUGUAUUAGUCAAAUGUCAAAUGAUAACAAAGGAACAAUUAAAUUUCAUUGGAAUAUUACAUCAUAAACUUAAAGAUGAUCAUGAUGAUUCAAAAGGUUUUGAACAAUCUUCAUUGAAACAUAAAGAACAACUUAAACGGGAUAACACUUUACAACAAUAUGUGGAACGUAAUGUGAAACAGUGCGAUCCAAGUAUUACAUUACCAAACCAAUAUUUCAAUAAUACACCUAGUGCAAAUAUUUCUGAAAAUAGAGAUAUUAAAAGUAUAUUCAAAGUAUGGUCCGCCAAAUAUGAUCACUAUAAUUGCAUUGCUCAUGAUUGUUCAUCCUAUAAACAGUUAAUGGCAUAUAAUACUAGAAAUAUUGCUUGUUCAAUUGGUAAUUGUAAAAGGCAAACUAAUUCAAGCAAUAUUAUACUAUGUUACUAUUCACCAUUAGCAAAUGCGGACAAUCGACCAGAUGAAAUCUAUGAAAAUGAACCAAAUAAAAAUUUUUAUACCGUGACAACUGAAGUUCCUCCAGAAACUACUUCUUAUGUGCUCGAACAUGGACGAUGUGAAUGUAUUUGUUAGUUGGGAACUGGUCAACGAAGAAAGAAUGAAAUUUCAAAUAAAAUCACAAAUGUUCAAUGUAAAGACUCAAUUUGAUUUGUUUUAAUUUUACCACAAUAUACUGAAAUUUGAUUGCAGACUCAACACACACACACAUAAAUACAGAGUGUGUGUGAAAGAAAAGAUGGAAUGUAACGGCUAGAUUGCAUUAAGACUACCUAAUCUAUGUAAAUCGUGUCA